AUGUCGUCUUACUACACAAAGGAACAGUUUUUCAGAGCACUUCAUCAAGUCGAAUCUAAAGGACAACUGAACCCACCUGAUGGUGAUAAGGGUAGAGCUAUUGGUCCUCUCCAGAUCUGGGAAGUCUAUUGGAAAGAUUCUGGCAUCCAAGAGUCUUAUCAAUCUGUCCGAAAAUUCGAGAUUGCCAAAAAGUGUGUCAAUCGUUUUAUGAAGAGAUAUGCAGAGAAUGAAUGGGGUCCAACCAUGACGAUUGAUCAGGUGGAAAAGUGUGCCAGAAUUCAUAAUGGAGGACCCAGAGGACACUUGAAACCAGAAACGGAUGACUAUUGGGAACGAUUCAAAGAGGCGUUGGAAAACUUGGAUGAUGAAGAGGUGGUGGUGGUAGAAGAGAAUGACAACAACGAUGACGACCAAGAUGAUAACGAGGAAGAAAGUAAGGAUCACCGCGAAUUGCUAAAGAUUGGAAUGAGUGGUGCCGAUGUUGAGGAGAUUCAACAACAAUUGGCUGAUCUUGGUUAUGAUCUUGGAAGUUAUGGAGCUGAUGGAAAGUUUGGAAAGGCCACUCAACAAGCAGUGAUGAAAUUUCAACAAGAUCAUGAUUUAGCGGUGGAUGGCAUUGUUGGAAAAGAGACAAGAAAGGCAUUGAAUUUGGAAAAAGGUGAGGAUGAUCAGGAACAACAAGAGGUUGCAGAUGAUCAACAGGAGGAUGAUGACGAACAACAGCAACAACAAAAUAAAGACCAGCCACAAGAGCAAGACGAAGAAGAGACCACCAAUGAGGUCAAGGAAGAGGAGCAAAAUGAUGACGAACACGAGGACCCUCAAGAAGAAGAAGAACAACAACAAGAGGAUGAACAAGAGGACCCACAAGAAGAGCAACAAGAGGAUGAAGACCAACAAGAAGACAAUGAUGAAGAGAAUGAUCAACAACAAGAAGAUGAUGACGAUCAAGAGCAACAACAAGAAGAAGAAGAACAAGAGGAUCCACAAGAAGAGGAAGAACAACAAAAUGAUGACGACGACCAACAGGACGACAUGGAAGAACAACAAGAUGGAGAUGACGACAACGACGACGACGAUGCUUAA